AUGCUGAUCACACUUUCGAGAAAGAGUGCUGAUAGAGGCGAAGCCCUACAAAAGACCAUCGCGGACAUCCUUAAAGAGGAAGCCAAAGUGAUAUGCAAAGGGCCACAGGAGACUAUAGAGAUCCGGGACGUCAAUGACGACUCGACGAAGGCAGACAUUGAAACUGCACUGAAAAAAGAAGCCGGAGAAACCUGUGAAAUACCUCUGGAGUCGAUCAAGAUCCGUAAAGCCUACAGAGGUACUCAGACUGCUACAGUGACGCUACCAGAGACAACUGCACAGAAGCUACUAGAAGGAAACAGCAAAGUAAGAAUUGGUUGGGCCAACUGUCGAAUAAGAGCAACGAAGAAACCUGUCCAAUGCUUCAAAUGCUGGCACUUUAGGCACUUCGGAUCCCAAUGUAAAAGCCAAGUAGACCGAUCUAAACUCUGCAUCAGAUGUGGACAAGAAGGGCACCGUAUCGCUGACUGUAAAAAUUCGGCCAAUUCAGAGGCAUUUCAUGGCAUCAUUUCGACGAUCAAUAGGUUUUGUUCAGAAUUGAACGUUCUACAAAAAAGUCCUUUACGGCAAAGUCGUAACUUAUACGCGCGAGGUAAUACGGGUCACUAA